AUGAAUGAAAUAGAGCAGACGUUAAACAAAUGCAAUAGUAAGAGUCCAGGUCCUGAUGGAAUUCCUUACAGCUUUCUACAAAACUUAGGGACAAAAUCUAAAGAAUCACUACUAAGGAUCUACAACAACAUAUGGAGCACAGGCAUCAUCCCCAGAGAAUGGAAGAGAGGAACAGUUAUACCGCUACCCAAACCAGGUAAAAACAAAUACACGACGGAAGGAUAUAGACCCAUAACACUUUUAAAUACAAUGGCAAAAAUAUUGGAAAAGAUAAUAAACAACCGGCUCAUAUGGUUCCUCGAAAAGAAUAAACAUAUAUCAAACAAACAAAGCGGGUUCCGCAGAUCUCGUUCCACACUUGACAAUUUAGUUACCAUACACUCCGAAAUAAACAAAACAUUUGCCACAAAUCAGUAUCUUGGAAUGAUAUGUCUAGACAUUACAAAAGCCUACGACACUAUAUGGAGACAUCGAGUAAUUCAUAUACUCAGUAAAAUUAUAUCUAAUGGUAAUAUGCUGCAAUAUAUUAAAAGUUUCCUAGACAAUCGACAAUUCGCAGUCAAAGUAUCAAACACACUCUCUGCAAAUCUCGUACAAGAAAACGGUGUACCCCAAGGUUCGUCACUAUCAGUAACUUUGUUUCUGUUAGCAAUCAACAAUAUAAUGGAAAAUAUCAAAUAUCCAGUAAACGCGAUGUUAUUCGCAGAUGACUUUAACUUCUGGUGCAGGAGUAACAACCUAUCAACUGUACAAAGGUUCCUCGAAGAAACAGCCAACAAACUAACUCAAUGGGCCAAUACGUCAGGUUUCAAAUUUUCCAAUUCAAAAUCCCAAUGCAUUAUAUUCUCUAAAAAAAGAGGGCCAAAACAUAUAAACGUUCAAAUAGAUGGAAAAAACAUACCAAACAAUAACAAAGUCAAAAUUCUCGGCUUGAAAUUCGAUACAAAAAUGAACUGGAUCCAACAUCUAAAAUACCUAAAAACGGAUAUUAACCAAAGAUUGAAUUUAAUAAAAGUAUUAAGUCACACCCAAUGGGGGGGAGAUGAACAUUCACUAAUCCGCAUACAUAGACAACUUAUCAGAGCAAAGUUAGACUACGGAGCAAUUUUAUACCAAUCAACCAGUCACUCACAUCUUAAAAUAAUAGACAGUACAUUAAACUCCAGCAUAAGACUAUGCAUAGGAGCUUUCAAAUCAAGCCCUAUAGAAAGCAUAAGAAACAUAGCACAAGAAGCACCCCCAGAGCUAAGAAGAGCAGAGAAGACACUUCUCUACGCAGCUAGCAUCACUAGAAAUACAGACAAUCCAGCCAACAAACACAUAGUUGAAACCAUUCAAACUGCCAAUGAAGAUAAAAUCCAGCUGGGCUCUAUUCUCAAAGUAAAUCCAUACAGCUUCCCACCAUGGACUUUCAAAUUGGAGAUAAAUAUGGAGCUAGCUCAAAAUAAAAAAGAAAAUACGAACCCAAUAAUAUACCAAGAACAUCUGAGAAAAGUUCUAGAGAUUUACCAAAAUUGCAACAUGUUCUUUACAGAUGCUUCAAAAACUGAAAAAGGAGUAGGCAUUGCAAUUGUACACCACGAAACAACAAUCAAAUAUAGACUACCAAAAGAAUGUUCUAUUUUUUCUGCUGAGACAAUAGCCGUCUUCAAAACUAUAGAAUUCAUACAAAUACAAGAUAAAAUGUCAACAAAUAAUCUGAUACUCACUGAUUCACUGAGCACACUACGAAGCUUAGAAAACAAUACAAACCCAACAGACAUUGCAAAGAACAUACAAGAAAAAACCUACGACCUAAAGCUUAAGGGAAUAAAUAUCAUUUUCAUUUGGGUACCAGGCCACACAAAUAUAAGGGGGAACGAGACGGCGGAUCAAGCAGCAAAGGAAGCGGCACAACCAAACAACCUCAAUAUACAAUUCCUGGACACAGUAACAUAUGAUGACAUCAAAACCCACAUCAAAAACAAAUCACUAACAAAAUGGCAAACGCACUGGUCAAAACAACAGACCAAACUCAACGAAAUUAAAAACACAAUUUUUAACUGGCAAAACCCAAAUCUUAGCAGAAAAGAAAAAAUUCUUAUAAAUCGUCUCCGAAUAGGUCACACAAGGCUGACCCAUCAACACCUCAUGGCCAAAAAAGAACCCACCCAAUGUAUAGUCUGUGGGGUUACACUAACAGUGAAGCAUAUAAUAACAGAGUGUUACCAAUACGCCGAACAUCUUAAAAAAUACAACAUCCCACCCAACCUGUAUGAAGCUCUAGGACCAGAUAGUGAAAACACAUCGAACAUGUUAACCUUCCUCAAAAAAUCGGAUUUAUACGACAAAAUUUGA